AUGGAUACACCUCAUCGACCUCAAAGACGACUGGCUCCACAGCCAAGCUUGGAUGAUCCUGGAUUGAUGGUACCUUCACCACCUGCAUCACGGCAGCCAUCACGAUCAGUCUCACCAGAUUACAAACCUAAAAGAUCUGGGCGAAUCGGCUCGAUGGUAGCGGUGAACAAAAUCAUCCAUAGUAUGAGUAGCUUGUCCUUCGACCAGCAGGACAUGGAUGCCGUUGGCUGGGAGGAUAUCUCGCCCCGUGGAGGACAAGAGACUCGGAGAACACGGCCUGGUGGAUUGAGACCGGCAAGGCAGCCGUCUGGUGCCCUUAGUGAGCAGCUACCACGGGCUCAAUCGAACCAGUUGGCUGCUGGCAGUCGAGGCACUUCUACCUACGAUUCGAGGGACUCUAGAAAGUCAAACAGACGCCGUCGUGAAGACGAUCUUCAUGAGAGUGAAGAACCUCGAUCUCAACGACAGCGGCGUGAGCAUGAAGAGAGUGCUGCCCGUUCAGGAAGUACUGUGCAAGGCGCCAGUGGAACUGCAUCAGAAAGCGCCACCUAUGAGGGAAAUGAAUUACCAGGAAAUGAAGGCAAGCCGGAUGAUCGACGUGCCCGAGAAGAGCGUCGUAUCCGGGAAGCACGUCGUGUCCGAGACCGCCGUGAGCGAGAAGGACGUGGCGAACGAGGCACACAUGGUGCGCGAGACGAACGUCUUAUUCGGAGUCAAUCAGUCCCUCAAAGCUGGUCUCACCAGGUACAGGAAGAGGAACAAUCCUCGAGACCACGAUAUGGUGGGGAGGGGCAUCGGGACCCGGAAGUGCGCCAACACGGAGGCAGCAGAUUUGUAUCGAGAAGGAGUCAGGAUUAA